AUGUGCUCCCAGCUGUGGUUCCUGACGGACCGGCGCAUCCGCGAGGACUACCCGCAGGUGCAGAUCCUGCGCGCCCUCCGGCAGCGCUGCUCCGAGCAGGACGUGCGCUUCCGGGCGGUGCUCAUGGACCAGAUCGCCGUCACCGUCGUCGGCGGCCACCUCGGACUCCAGCUGAACCAGAAGGCCCUUACCACCUUCCCGGACGUGGUGCUUGUGCGGGUGUCCACACCCUCAGUGCAGUCGGACAGUGACAUCACUGUCCUGCGACACCUGGAGAAGCUCGGCUGCCGCUUGGUCAACCGCCCACAGAGCAUCUUAAACUGUAUCAACAAAUUCUGGACAUUUCAAGAAUUGGCUGGACAUGGGGUCCCUAUGCCAGACACCUUCUCCUAUGGUGGGCAUGAAGACUUUUCAAAAAUGAUUGAUGAAGCCGAGCCCCUGGGCUAUCCGGUUGUGGUGAAGAGCACGCGAGGCCACCGGGGAAAGGCUGUUUUUCUGGCAAGAGAUAAGCAUCACCUCUCAGACAUCUGCCACCUGAUCCGCCAUGACGUGCCCUACCUGUUCCAGAAGUACGUGAAGGAGUCCCACGGAAAAGACAUCCGGGUGGUGGUGGUCGGGGGCCAGGUGAUAGGCUCCAUGCUUCGCUGCUCCACGGAUGGACGGAUGCAGAGCAACUGCUCCCUGGGUGGUGUGGGCGUCAUGUGCCCGCUGACCGAGCAAGGCAAGCAGUUGGCUAUUCAGGUGUCCAACAUCCUGGGCAUGGACUUCUGUGGCAUCGAUCUCCUCAUCAUGGAUGAUGGCUCCUUUGUGGUGUGCGAGGCCAACGCCAACGUCGGCUUCCUCGCCUUCGACCAGGCGUGCAACUUGGAUGUGGGCGGGAUCAUUGCAGACUAUACCAUGUCCUUGCUGCCCAACCGGCAGACAGGGAAGAUGGCCGUCCUCCCGGGGCUGUCGAGUCCCAGGGAGAAGAACGAGCCGGAUGGCCAUGCUUCAGCUCAGGGAGUUGCCGAGAGCGUCUACGCCAUCACCAAUGGGUCUACCUCCAGCGAGAGUGAGCCUGAACUGGGAGAGAUCCGGGAUUCCUCAGCGAGCACAAUGGGGGCCCCGCCCCCUACGCUGCCGGAGCCUGGCUACAAUAUCAACAACAGGAUCGCUUCGGAAUUAACACUGAAGUGAAUUCUUGCUUUUUGGCAGCAUUUCAACCAAAAUCCUACCGCUUCCCUCGUAGUUUUGAGUGAAUAAAACCUGGACUAAUGUGAUUUCAUUUGCACAGAAACUAGGCAUCCCACCUGGGCACUCAGCAUUCUUUGUCGACGAUGAUCUAAGCGAAUGGCCUGGCUUGUGGUAUCUCUAAAGACACAGAAAAACACUCCCUGAGAACAACACCGCACCUGGUGGGCCGGAGACCCACGUCUGCUGCGAGCACUUGGAUUCCUCCACUGACUUGAAGGCACUGCCGCCGGGCUGCCUGUUAGCGGCACAGCCUGUGAACCCGGAAUGAGUCCUGGAAAUAUGGAGCAGCCUGGAGUCAGUGUCUCAUGCAGUCAAGGUGGACCAGAGCCACAGUGACGUGUUCUUGGCUCAGCGUGGCAGUGAUGCUCGGAGAAUCCCCAGUUCAAAUGCUGCUGGCAUCUGCUGCUGUCAGUCACCACCUUGACCGUACUUCUUCACUCAGGAUAUGGUGUUCUAGGGACCCUGCCCAUUAGCGUCUUCAAUGAAGCCCUUUGUAGAGAGUGAGAUGGAAUGUUCUUUGACGUCACUGAUUGGCAAGUGGCCUGCUUUGAGACUGGGGCUUUCUACAAAUUGCUUUGCCACGCUGCACUGAUAGACCCUGCUUCAGUUCAUGCCGGCUCCAGCAGCUUCUUGCACCUUUGCUGCCUUUGGCCCAGCUGGAGUGCACUGCAGUGAGCCAGUGGCCGCACACUUUCUCUCCUAGGCGUGCACUAGAACCUAACACCACGGACUGUCUUUUCAAUGGACUCUGUUCACUCGUCACCCAGAAGCUAGUGAGUUUUCACCAUAGAGAACUACAGGAAGAUACUCCCCUCCUCUGCCGAAGCUUGUGUCCUGCUUAGCUGUAGGAGGUUUCCUUGUGUGAGGUGGUAGUGCGGGUGUAUUGCGUAGAGAGAGCCAUUGGAAACACACUCCAACCCCCUCGACAUGCUACGCUUAUCCAGGCUCCAGAGACCUGUCCUCACCCACAUUUCCAAACUGGGGAGACUCAGGUAUCAGGAAUUACUUGUUGCACAUUUUGAGGGGCUACCAUAGACAUGACACCAAGUGCUUUUCAUUUUAACUCUUUAGGCAGUAGACGAGACCCUUCCCUCAGGAGAAAGUAUGGAGAUGGACUGUCUUCCCCUGCUUACAUACAGUGUGACUGACAAUGAGCAAGGCUACCUUUUUAACCAAAUACACUAGACCAUAUGCACUCAAGAGUUACCGUAAUUGGAGUUAUUUCCUUGGGAGACCAUGCUCUUGAGCUAUGAUGGUAAUGUGCCAAGAACACUUAGAAUUCCUCUUUGAGGUUAUCUUUUACCUUUGAAGCCAUGAAAAGAAAACAGACCUCACAACUUUGUAGUCAGACAUCACCGUUUCUCCCCAUCACCAUCUGUUGAGGUUGUGCCAAGCUCCAUCACCCAUUGUAUUUAUCAGACUAAUUUUCUAAUACUCUUUGGCUGUUAAAUCCCUUUCAAAAAAUAGAUCUUCCCUUAGAAGUACAAAGAUUUACUGACAUGGAGGAAGCUUACAAGUUCACAGUUUCCAGAGAGGGUUCUAGAAUGUUCUGAGCAAGGUCAACUUCACUGAAAUAAGAAUACAUCUUCCUAAGGUGACUACGUUAAUGGCAACCCGACCCAUUUGGGUGCACAAAAUCCCAUAGCGUUCUGCUGUAGAUGUAAAAUACGCAUCAAGUCAAACUAUCACACUUAGGUAGGAUUUGGCUUUUAAAAUAUUGUAGUUAAAACCAGAUCUCACCAAGUAACAGUUGUACAAUUGAAAAAUGUUUGGUGCCGUGUGAUGGAGAUGUAAUCCUACACAGUUGUAGUCUAAAUGCAGACCAACAUGAGGUGCAUGCCCCUGACCUGUAACCCUACUGAUGUGUCCAGCUGAAAAGUGAGACCACUUCACCUUUAUAUAGGUAAGACACAUACCUUAUCUUCACCACUCAGGGUGGCUUUUGAAGGAUGGUUCUGGGUCAGUUCUUGCUGGACUUGGUCAGAUGCUUUCUGUGUAAACAUCGAAACCAAAUCAUGACCUGGAAGCUGCGCUCACUCAUCUCCACAGUGCAGCCUCAGCCUGCUCUUCCCACUUUAUCUAAAAGAGCGCCAGCAGGGCCCCCUCCUGAGUGGAGCAGCUAGAGCGUGCUUCCAGAUUUCCCUGCCAGGGAGGCCCGUUUUCCAGCUGUGACGUCUGUUGUCAUCGGCAUCAUUGCUCAGAAGUAGCCCGGUGCGGAAGCAGAGAGAGCUGGAUCACAGCUGGGUGGUAGGCCCCCUCCAGGACUGCCCAUGCCCCAGGUGGGUGUGGGCUCUAUGAGCAUCAGCCAGGUGGCCAGGCUGCCCUUGUCGCAGCUGCCACGGGCCUGCUGGAAAGAGCCUGGCCUGGCUGCUUCAGUAGCUGAUUGACCUCGUACAGUCACGUGGAGGCUGUGCUUCCUUUUCUGUUCUUUAGCUAGGGUAAUGCCUAUUCUGGUUACCUGGGGGUGCCUUGAGGGUGAGUUAAUAAGUGAUACUGUGCAUUGUGUGUAGCAGGUGGUAGAACAGUUUCUUAUUCCCAUUCCCUGGAGGGAGUUACGAAAGGGGCCAUGAAUUCUUGGGAUUAGCGCCUGGGAGAGGAGUGGGGCUCUUAAAAGGGAAUGCAGGUUGUCAGAGGUCUGCCUUCCAGCCAGGGCAACUGAAGACCCAAGAGGAGCACGGCUCCUAGUGUAUUCACACAGCCUCUGAAUUACUGUAUGCAACCUGAACCCCUUGACUCUUAUAUACCAACGAACAGAGUCUUCCUUAUGUAACAUAGAUUGCAGUGUCUGUAUAUGGUUUUCCCAUUACCUGGUAGUAGCAUCAUGAAACUGGUCAAAACUUGAAUGCCAAUAGCUCAGUCCCUCAGAAUAUAUAUGAUUCUGCACUUGUCUUCCUGCUAUCUGAUUGGGCAUGGGGUUCCAAAAUGUGGAUUUGGGGCUCCGAGAUCUGAGAGACAGGGUAAGUGGAUUGCAAGCCAUUGUUUUGUCACUACUGUAAAAACGCAUUUCUGCCAGCUAAGGGGAUUGCAUGACAAUGGGGACAAGGUCAAGGGAAAGGGAUGGGGAAAGGCCUGAAGAGCUUUGGGGAAGAAACCAGAAGUUGGGAUCAUUUGGAAUUCUAGCGAAAAAGAGGAAAGAACUGGCUCUUCCAU